AUGCCUGUGGAGACGGUGGUCGAGAUGGCCACUAUCAACGGCGCGAGGGCACUUGCUCUCGAGAACGACAUCGGCAGCCUCGAAGUAGGGAAGAAAGCCAAUUUUGUCAUCAUGGAUCUUGACAAGCUGUAUACUACGCCGAACUUCAAUCCUGUCUCAACGAUUGUCUAUUGCUGCACUGGAGCAGAUAUUGUCACUGUGGUCGUGAAUGGGAAAGAGGUCGUCUCAGAUAGGAAAUUGGUGAAUUGGGACGAGCAGGAGGUGAUCAGAGAAGGAGCCAAGAGGGCAGCAGGACUCGCAGAAAGGGCUGGUGUAGAUGUAAAGCCGAAAUGGCCUGUGAUUUAG